UCUGACGGCUUUUAUCCGCUUCACCUCGAGACUUCUCGCAACAAGUCGGUCACGGAAAUCACCUUCACUGCGAAAUACGAGAAAGCCGAGCAAUCUGGACAGAUCAGAAAAAACUUCCCUAGUCGACAAACCGUCACACCUUUGAUAACAUUGCUGUAGAUGGUGGCCCGGAACUCCUCUUUGGCCCGCUGAUCGAAGUCCUGCCCGUGAAUUAUGCGCAUUUGCUUCAGGAAAGUUGACUUGCCGCUCUCGCCAGCUCCGAGCAGUAAUAUCUUCACCAGCCGCUUCACCCAUCGGUGGACUGUAAACGUAUUCGCAGGCUAAAGACGCCAACAUGACUAUAAGAAACGUGCAGGAUCACGGUCAGCGUUACAGACCGCGGAUGGCUUGUCUGAAAAAGAUGGAAGCUGUGGUGUUGGAAAUGCAGGACCCUAAGACCGGAGUAAAGUCUCAAACCCAGAGACUUGUCAUCACCACCAUCCCUCAUGCCAUCACAGGAGAAGAUAUUGUUGAAUGGAUUUCUAAUCGUUUCAAAAUAGAUGUUGCUGAGGCACGAGCCUUAGGCACCAUGAUGGUGGCCUUUGGAUAUAUUUAUCCACUGCAGGAUCACAAGAGACUAAUCAUCAGAUCCGAUGCCUCACUCUAUCGCUUUCAGACACCAUAUUUCUGGCCUGCACAGCAGUGGCCAGUGGAGGACACUGAUUACGCAAUAUACCUGGCAAAGAGGAAUAUACGAAAAAAGGGGAUGUUAGAGUUGCAUGAACAGGAGCAGUAUAAUCAUCUACAUAAAUGGAUGAACCACAAGUGGGACUUCAUAGUGAUGCAGGCUAAAGAGCAGUACAGGGCAGGGAAAGAGAGAAAGAAACCAGACAGAGUGGUUUUUGACUGCCAGGAGAGAGCCUACUGGGUAGUACACAGACCACCGCCAGGAACAGUUAGUGGGAUGGACUAUGGACUGGAACGACUAGUAGAUCCCAAUCAGGAGGAGAAAAAAACAUCUGACUUCUAUAGAAGAAUAAUCAUCUUCACUCAACAGUGCAUCAUGAGGCCAAGAGUGAAGUCAUCUGUGUCUAUUGGAGCCCUUGUCAAGUACACAGGAACAUGCAAACAGCAUGACCCCUUCCUUUAUCCAUGCCUUCCAAGCAACCCAUGGUUAACAGAUGAUGUCACAUACUGGGACCUUAACAUGCCAACUGUUGAAAAUCCUACAAAAAUGAGAGUGGAGCGCUGGACUUUCAGCUUUGGUGAACUGCUUUGUGAUCCACGUGGACGGGCAGAUUUCCGUCUUUUUCUGAAAAAGGAGUUCAGUGGUGAGAAUCUUGCAUUUUGGGAAGCAUGUGAAGAUCUGAAAUGGGGGGCUGCAGCUACAAUGCAAGAGAAAGCUCAGCAGAUCUACAAGACUUUCCUGGCUCGUGGAGCACCUCGUUGGAUCAACAUUGAUGGAAAGACCAUGGAGAUCACUGUGAAGGGUCUGUCUCACCCACAUCGCUAUGUCCUGGAUGCUGCUCAGACCCACAUCUACAUGCUCAUGAAGAAGGAUUCUUAUGGACGAUAUCUGAAGUCCUCUGUAUUUAAGGACACCCAGAAAAAGGCUGUUGCUCCUGAGCCGCACAGAUUCAGUGAGGCUCAGCUGGAGCAGAAUGCCAAGAAGCGAAGGCCCAGCCUGAGUCCCAUCAUCCUGAGGCAGCAGGAGGAGGCGCAAAAAGCCAAACUGGCUGCCAGUGGCCCUGUGGACAUCACACAGGUUAUGAGCAAACUGGCUCAGAAAAAAUGAGCAAAUAGAAUAAAUACAGCCACAGUAUUUUUAACAGACUUUCAUCAUAGAUCAAAUUAACACAUCUUUUGCUAUGACUAAAUACUAGUUUUAGGCACUUUACACUGUAAAUCUUUUUAAUGUAUACUGCUAGAUCUUUAAUAAUUAUAUGUUCAGUAGAAUAAGCUAAGGCUUGAAGGGAAUUUAAGGGUUAAUAUAUUGUGUUGUAUGUGUUUCUUUUGUAGCCCAUAUUUUUCAUUGUACAUGAGUGUCAUGAGAACAUCUGUGUUAUGUCAGAUUCUGUUAUUUUGUGUUCAAACAUUAUCACUUGCAUAUAGUUCCAUUUGCAUAAAAUUGCUCUGUCCAUUUCUGUUCUUUACCAUCCAUGUAAUAAAGUUAUACAUAUUUUCCAAUUCCCAACUGUUCCUGUCCUGUGUCUCCAAAUCA